CCACGUCGCCACCGCUCCCCCGCACACGGCACACCCAACGACCCCUUACCUUCUUCGGCCACGCAGGCCGCCACCGCUUUCCGUGCCGUGCGGCGAUUUGCCUCCACCAUUUCCGCAUUUCGAAGCUGCCCUCCUGUUUGUUUUAGCUUGCUCCCCAGACCCAAGAUAGUUUCUCCUUUAGCUGCCGAGAUAUUAGCGGAGAUAUAUAUAUAUAUACUAUCUAUAUCUAUAUAAGCAGCCGGAGGAAGCGGGGAUGACGGCGGGCGGCGGCGCGGCGGCGCCGUUCGUGUGGAAGACGUACAUGAUGGUGGAGGACCCCGGGACGGACGGGGUCAUCGGAUGGGGACGGGGGAACAACAGCUUCAUCGUCGCCGACCCCUUCGUCUUCUCGCAGACGCUGCUCCCCGCGCACUUCAAGCACAACAACUUCUCCAGCUUCGUGCGCCAGCUCAACACCUAUGGCUUCCGCAAGGUUGAUCCGGACCGGUGGGAGUUCGCGCACGCGUCGUUCCUGCGCGGCCAGACCCACCUCCUGCGCAACAUCGUCCGCCGCGGCAGCAGCGCCGCGGGAGGCGGCGGCGGCGGCAAGAGGAAGGACGCCGCCGCGCUCGCCGGCUCCGCCGAGCUCUCCGCGGAAGACAUGGCCAUGGUGGCGACGGAGGUGGUGCGCCUCAAGCAGGAGCAGCGCGCCAUCGACGACCGGGUGGCCUCCAUGUGGCGCCGCGUGCAGGAGACCGAGCUCCGGCCCAAGCAGAUGCUCGCCUUCCUCCUCAAGGUCGUCGGCGACCGCGACAGGCUGCACCGCCUCGUCGGCGACGGCCACGCGCCGGACGGCGAGCUCGCGCCCGGCGGCGGCGAGCCGGCCGCCGCGGAGGGCGGCGAGAAGCGGGCCAGGCUGCUGCUCGACGGGGACGGCGUGGGCUCGUUCGGCCCCGACGCCAUCGACUUCGCCGGGUUCUACAGCAGCGGCGGCGCGUUCGGCGGCAACGUGGCCGUGGAUGCGGCCGCCGGAUCCGGCGGCGGCGGCUGCUCGUUCGCGUUCGGCGUCGACACAGGGUACUGAGUGUCGUGCUGACAUGCGCGCGCCGGCCGCUUGGCGCCCCUGUUCUGCCGAUUUCUUGCCACUGCGUGGCUGCCGCUUGGAACGCCUUGGAGCGGCGGCAGCCGGCAGAUGGAACUCAAGGACUCGAACUAUUGGGAGGGGCGUAUGAGCCAACGGAUGAUAAAUAUUUCAACCAUGUUCCAUGGAUGUCCAUUUGAAGCUUUUGGUGGAUCUGAUAUUCUGAGUUUAUGGGCUGGGGUGACUGCAGUGUCGAGACCAUCCAGGCUAAAUAAGGGUACUACUUGUGGAGUGUGACCGUGAACGUUACCUGAAAGGGUAGGUUUGAUGUUGUACAUGCAUGUUUAUUGUAGUGGCAUGUCCACAGAGUGCAGCUGCACUAGAUGUUUCAAUCUCUUGUAGAUUUGAUGCUGGAAAUUUGAAAGUAUCCUAUAUUGAUUUGUGUAA